AGACCAGCCCUGGUGAUCCUGGGACUUUGCUCUCUUCCUCGGCCUGAACCAGCCCCGUGGCCCUGCUCGUCUGGAGAGCCCAUUAUGAGACACUCGACCGUCCUCCUGGCCGUGGCUCUGGCUGCCCUCCUGGCUCCCGGGGCUGGGGCACCCUUCCUCAGGCAGGGCUCCCGGAACAAGCUGCUUCUUGUGUCCUUCGACGGCUUCCGCUGGAACUAUGACCAGGACGUGGACACCCCCAACCUGGAUGCCAUGGCUCGAGACGGGGUGAAGGCUCGCUACAUGACCCCCGCCUUCGUCACCAUGACCAGCCCCUGCCACUUCACCCUGGUCACUGGCAAAUACAUCGAGAACCACGGCGUGGUCCACAACAUGUACUACAACACUACCAGCAAGGUGAAGCUGCCCUAUCAUGCCACGCUGGGCAUCCAGAGGUGGUGGGACAACGGCAGUGUGCCCAUCUGGAUCACGGCCCAGAGACAGGGCCUAAAAACGGGCUCCUUCUUCUACCCUGGCGGGAACGUCACCUACCAAGGGAUGGCCGUGACGCUCAGCCGGAAGGAAGGCAUCCUGCACAACUACAAAAACGAGACAGAGUGGAGGGCCAACAUCAACACGGUGAUGCAGUGGUUCACCAAGGAAGACUUGGACUUGGUCACGCUCUACUUUGGAGAACCCGACUCCACGGGUCACAAGUACGGUCCCGAGUCCCAGGAGAGGAAGGAGAUGGUGAGGCAGGUGGACCGGACCGUGGGCUACCUCCGAGACACCAUCGAGAUCCACGGCCUCACGGACCGCCUCAACCUGAUCAUCACGUCCGACCACGGCAUGACGACCAUUGACAAGGAAGCCAGCGACCUGGUGGAGUUCCACAAGUUCCCCAACUUUACCUUCCGGGACAUCGAGUUCGAGCUCCUGGACUAUGGGCCCAACGGGAUGCUGCUCCCCAAGGAAGGGAUGCUGGAGAAGGUGUACGCCGUGCUCAAGGACGCCCAUCCCAGACUCCAUGUCUACAAGAAGGAGUGGUUCCCCGAGUCCUUCCACUACGCCAACCACCCCCGUGUCACGCCCCUGGUGAUGUACAGCGACCCUGGCUACGUCAUCCACGGGAGGAUUAACGUCCAGUUCAACAACGGAGAGCACGGCUUUGACAACAACAACAUAGAUAUGAAGACCAUCUUCCGGGCCGUGGGCCCCAGCUUCAAGACAGGCCUGGAGGUGGAGCCCUUUGAGAGCGUGCAUGUGUACGAGCUCCUGUGCCAGUUGCUGGGCAUCAUGCCGGAGGCCAACGACGGGGACCUCAGCACCUUGCUGCCCAUGCUGCGUCCAGCCACAUCCCAGGACACCCAGGCCAGCCUGCCCAUCCGCACCCACUCUGACCCUAUGGCUGGGCCAGACCCUUCCGGGACAGGCCCAGCUCCAGUCUUGGCUGUCUUAAGCCUGCCCAUCCGGCUGGAGGAGUCCACAUCUACCACCUCUGAGCAGCAAGGGCUCACAGGUGCUGGCAUAACUACUGAGAACCACAACCACAUCACACACACCCACUCGGGACCCCGACGCGGGCGGAGGAGCCGUCGAGACAAGCUGAGCCGGCGCCGCGUCGCACCCGGGUCCGCGCACGCGCAGCGGGGUGGUGCCAUUCCCCGCCCCUCCGUGGCCUCUGCCGCUGGACCGGCGCUGUCGCCCGGGGGCGCGGUGGAUCCUGGCCCCAGACCCCGCGACGGGACAGUCAGCAUGGCGGCCCGCGGCGCUCCACCCUCGCCCAGCCCGGAGCACCCCCUGCCUCGGACGCGCAACCGGUCCGAGGGUGUCUGCGUCGUGGCCGCCAGGGCGCGUCCUCGGAGGGGCUGGGCCUCGGGAUCCCCCACCUCAGGGACCUCGGGGACGUCUCUGCCCCUAACCAGGCUCGCGGCUCCGGGGGUCGCCGCUCUGUCCCACGCGGGUGGAGGGGGGAGCAGUGGGGGAGCCUCGGGGCGAUGGAAGGACCCGGGCCCCUCUCGUACCGCAGGUGCUGAAAAAGCGAUCCCCGAGGGCGGGAAGCCUUUCCACCGGCUGGAUAACCCAAUCAGGUCGACUUUUUGGGUCUUGCUUUUGCCACAGACCUGGUGUUCUGUCACUGUCAUCAGCCUAGUACCCACCUGCCCGGCUCCUCCACGGCAUCUUCCGACUAUCCUGUUCUGCGGUCUUUCACGGCUCUCAGCAAAGAACAGCCACUUGUUACCUGUGCACGGUGUGCACCGUUUCAUGUCUGCCCCUCAACCCCGAACUCAUCUCACCAAUUCCUCUCCAGAUGAAUCCUACUGA